AUGCCUUCGAACACUGCCGGUGAGUAUCAGCCUGCCAGCUGGAGCGAACUUUUCUGUCAAUGCUUCCCUCUUCGCACCAAGAAGCCUUCGCCCGCUGAUCAAGACAUUGAGAUGCAGAACAUGAGCAACCCUGUCGUCCCUGACCAUGUUGUUCGCGCCAAUAACCCCGACAACAUUCGCAGACCUGCCCGUCCUUCACCUCAAUCUUGGUGGUUGAGAGACGACACACCUCCUGUUGCACCUCCCCCUACUGCUGGCCCUAGUGGCCCUCGUCAGCCUUACACUCCUCCUCAACCUCAUCGUCGUGAUCUUCGCAUUGCAGCUAACAGCCCCGAUAUGUUUGUUCACGACUCCACUUCCUCGCCACAGUUCCCCUCGCUCGGAACACCUCAAUGGGAUCAUCUGAAUAGAGUUCAAUGGACUGCAAACUCCUCCAACUACUCUUCUCAAAACAGCGGUCGUAUGCCCACCCCUUCCUCAAUCUACAGCGAGCACACUUCCAUGGCCCCUCUCCCCGCCACCUCGACUAUCUUCUCUGAAUCUCGACACAUGAUGUCGGGUGCCCUGCCUACCAGAUCCUCCCCAUCCUCCACCUACUCUUCUGCCGGCGCCGUCGCUGCUUCCUCCGCUCGCCCUCUCCCUUCUGCAUUUGCCCACUCUGAAUCGCUGCAAGUCCCUCCAUCGACCCCUAGAAGGGAUUUCUAUGCCGGUGUACUCGCCGCUCAAGAGGCCAUCGACUACAGACGUUCUCUGCAAAGAUCAGGCUUGCAGCCCCCCUCCCCCACCGAUGUCUUCCUCGUCAGCCCCCCUACUCCUCAAGUGACACCUAGAAGCGUUCAACAUGCCGGUGUGUUGGCUGCUCAGGAGGCCAUUGACAACAGACGUGCUUUGCAAAGGGAAAGCUCGCAACCUCUUUCACCCAUUGAUGAUGAAGCACCACCCAGCAGCCCUACUGGUUCUGUGGCUUCUAUUGACUUUUUCACUGGUGCUGCGAGGAAUGCUGAUUUUGGUGUUAGACCUGCUAGACCUGCUAGAGUUGCUGGGGCUGGCCCUUAUGUUGCUUGA